AUGAUAUUUUUAUCUUUCAAUUUCGUCCCGAAUAACUUCAUAAUAGCUACGUUGCGGUAUUUAUUGCCAGUACUGAAAAUCUAUAGUACAAUCAACAUGAACUGUGCAGAAAUUUUCAGUACUGACAAUAUUAAAUCGGUCACAAUCGAGAAUCACUUCGAUUUACCAGAACCGCGCAGUUCGACCGUCACUUCCCACCUGUCAACCGUUCGCGGCAUUCCUGAACCUCGAAAUUUUCAGCAAAAAACUCCGCGAAUCAUCUCGAGCAUCAUUCGGACCGUCAACAUCUCCGCGAACAAAGUUCCCGCGGUUCGUCGCGACGGACGGAUGCUGAGGCGACUCGUGUCGAAUCCACCUUAACCGCAGAUACGACUCAAUUCGCCGCGAGAAGCCGCCUCGAAUCGCGUCAUGUCCUGCUUCGGCGGCCACGACGAGCAGAUUUACCUAAUCGAGAUACUGAUCGAUAGACUGACGUUAACGCCCGGUAAAAUCAAAGACAUCGACGGGCACCCUAUUGUGAUCAAGAUCAAGCUGUUGAAUCUUCCCGUGUUCGAGAUCACGCGCGAUCAAACGGACGCGUCGAAGGUAGAAUUGCCGCGCGACGGCAGUGUACGUUUUGCGACCGGCAAGUGCUGCCUGUUCGCCAAGCAACCGCGCGAUCUGGUGCGCGAUCUUCGUUCGACGAGCUUGAGAGCCGGAGUGUUUCGCGCGGGUGACACUUAUCCCACAGCAGAAACCGAAUUAACGCUGCCGGGUUGCCUGUGCGAUCAAGUCGCCAUGAUCGGCAACGACCCUGCCAACCCGCCGAAGCCGUUCACGGUGAAGGGAGGCUUCCACCUUCUCGACCCGGGCGAGAAUCCGUCCGGCACGCUGCACAUGGAACUCACGAUCGAGUGUCUGGGACGCUUCUUCGCGACACAUUACGAGCUGCAUCCCAAGUCCCCCGUUCUCGCCGAAGGCCAAGAAACUAGGGAAUGGGAGUUGCACGUAAAGCGAUAUGUGCCGCCCGAAUUUCUCCCGCAGAAAGAGUUGCCGGAAGUCCCACUAACGCCGGAGAAACCAAAGAAACCAAAGAAAAAAGGCAAGAAGAAGAAGAAGAAGAAGUAAGGCGGAAAGUAAGACUUUUA